UUGCAACUCUUGCAGUUCAUUUCACUGCCAAGCAACACCGGAAUCUUUAUUCAGCUUUCUGUGUUUCCCGGGGACCCGUUUUCUGUCGGACUUGUUCACCCGCCGCUCCUUUCGUACCAAACAUUCAUGCGCCAUGCCGACUGACAAUAAGCGUGUGCGGGGCCCAGAAGUUUCCCAAUGUCCGAUUCUGUUUUCUAGCAAACCGGCGGCCUCGCUUCCCUUGAAAGGGCCGAGAGAGGACGGUCGGCAGCGGGACCAAGUGGACGUCCGGCCGGUCUUUGUCCGCUGCGGGCUGGUCAGUCAGGCCAAAGGCUCCGCGUACAUCGAGGCUGGAAACACCAAGUUGAUGUGCUGCGUUUACGGCCCGAGAGAAAUCGAGCGGAAAGAUGAGACCGAUAUGACAUGUGGGAGGUUGGUUACUGACAUGCGUUUCGCUCCAUUCUCCUGUCUGGAGAGGGGCGCCUGGAUUCAGGGGAGCCAGGAGAAGGACCUCUCCCUGAUGCUGCAGGAGAGCCUGCAGCCAGCCGUGUGCCUCAACAAAUAUCCCCGCUCUCAGAUUGAGGUCAACGUGAUGGUCCUCGAGAGCAGCGGCUCAGUCCUGGCCCAUGCGGUCACGUGCGCUUCGCUCGCUCUGGCAGACGCAGGGAUCGAAAUGUACGAUCUGAUCCUCGGUUGUUCCAUGCGUCAGGAUGGCGCCUCAUACGUAGUCGACCCUUCUCGCGCCGAGGAAAACUGGCGCAGCUCCAUCGUCGAAGAGAACCAAGGCGGCCUGACCGUAGCGUUCCUGCCGAGCCUGAACCAGAUUUCUGGCCUGGAGUCGGAUGGAGAAAUGACGGAAGAGACUCUGACCGCUGGGGUGCGGACCUGCAUUGAGGGAUGCUAUAAACUGUACCCGGUCGUCCAGCACGCCCUGUGCAAGGCCGUUCGCAGGGCCGCGCCCCCCCCAUCAGAGAGCUGAGAGACACGUGCACCGAAAGCUAAUCAGUUUGUUGCUUUUCUACCUUACAAUUUCCUGUCGUUACUUUAACAAAAUUACCAACAUGUUUUUAUGUUUGCUAUUAUGUUCUUGACAUGGAAAUGUUAGAAAUGGUGUUUUCUAUUAAAUAUCUUAAUGCACUUAUGUUGUGUAUUGUUUAAUAUCCAGUUUUCCUUUUCAAAAGGAAAAAACAGCAAGGGCAGUGUGUUUUACGUACAGGGUGGACACGACAUUAACCAGGCAGGUUUUUUAUUGCUUGUAAUGGAAACAUUUAUACUAAGUUUUGUUUAAGUGUAAUUGGGCUUUUUACAUCUUCAUAGGGUUGUUGGGAUACCAAAAUUCUGACUUUGAUACUUUACCUGGCAAAAUAUUUUGAUACUUUUUGAUACGAUACCACAAAUAAGAUACUGGAAUAUUUAUAGUAAUAAAUAAAACAUCUGUAAGGUUCCCUUUUUAGCAGCUUGUUCCUGCCCACCUUUUUGCACACUUAACAGAUGUCAUUCAUAUUAACCCACACCAAGAUGUUAAUGAAAACAACAUGGUAAAAUCAUAGCAUUGAUUAUACAUAAAUAUGGAGAGCUAUUGUCCGUAUCUGACUAUAUGACUACAUUAUUCCAUAAGUAUGAAUUAUAUCAAUUUAAAGAUGUGUUUGAGGUGGAAAAAAAACUAAAGCUAUGUGGGCUGGGUACAUUAAAGAUGGACACAUAAUUAAAGGGCAAUUUCUCCCCUUUAUUGAAAAACGACAAUGAAAAUUGCAUCUAGUGUGUAUUAUUUUGUACAAUUUUGUGUGCAUUCUAACCUCAUGAUCAUAUAGACCCACAUGAGUGAAACUGUAGGUCAUUUUACAUGUUUAUUUUUCUGCUGCACUAUUCAGUAACUUAUUUGUUGUCUUGCUUUGUUGCACUUGCUUGUUGUCAAACCAACAAACACAGCUACAGGGCUGCCAUCUCUCACGAUUUCCCUGUGUGACACACAUGCACUCCCACAUGAAAAGAACCUAUAAAC